GCAGGCUGUAGGCAGCAGGUGAAUUUGCACUGGAGGAGGAGGGGGCAAGAAUAGCACCGGUGUAGGCGUACAGGCGGCCACCGAACCGUUAUGCUGCAUGCUGGCGUAUUUUCACAGCCUCCCACGCGCCGCUACCGCCCACGCCAGGAUCUGCGUCACGCAGGCGCGUGGGAGUGAGAGAGCAAUGUAGCAAGCGCGGAAUAUCCCAAUUCUGGCAGUAGGGGAGAGAGCGGAAACCAACUAGUUUGAGAGUCCCUCCGUAGUUCAAACUACAGAGUGUGUGCGAGUUCAUUCAAUAACAGAGAGCCGAAGGACGCGUCGCUUACCCGCAGAACGCGCGGCACCUAACUGGACGUCAGGUGAAGCGUCGCGUAACUGAACGGACCGUCAUAAUUCAGAACUUUAAUAAUCACAACCAGGCGCCGCUUUUGGAAGAGUUUUGGUGGGAAAAGACAAGGAAAGAAAUCAAAAAAGGUAUGGCAGCGACUUUACCCAGAACCCUUGGGGAGUUGCAGCUUUACCGCAUCCUUCAGAGGGCCAACCUGCUGUGCUACUACGACGCCUUCAUCCAGCAGGGUGGCGAUGAUGUUCAGCAGCUCUGUGAGGCCGGCGAGGAUGAGUUUCUCGAGAUCAUGGCGCUCGUAGGCAUGGCCAGCAAGCCACUGCAUGUCAGACGCCUACAGAAAUCUCUGCGCGAUUGGGUCACAAACCCUGCCCUGUUCAAUCAGCCCCUCACGUCUCUUCCCGUCUGCAGCAUUCCUGUCUACAAGCUGCCCGAAGCGUCACCCACAUUGUUGCCUGGUAAUGGCGCCCGUGGAGACACCCAAGUCAAAGUGCCCAAGUGUUUGGCAGCUGCUUGCGUGGAUCCUGGAAAAGGAGAAUCAGGCAACGGGAACUCUUCGGCCACCGUUUCGCCCCUCCAGAGUGGCAGCGAGCCACGUUUUUGGGCCAGUCACGGCACGGAGAGUGAGCACAGCCUGUCCCCGGCAGAACUGGGCUCUCCAUCUUCCCCUCGGGAUGCCCUAGAGGCACUAGACAUAGCUGCUGUUCAGUCCGUGGCAGAGUGCGUGGACAGAAUCGCUCAGGCUUUGCCCAAGAGUGACUCUGGAGAGGUUAAAGAACUGUUGAAGGGAAAUAAGAAGCUUGCAAAGAUGAUCAGCCACAUUUUUGAUAUGAGUGACGAGGAUCCACACAGGGAAGAGGAAAUCCGCAAGUAUAGUGCUAUAUAUGGCAGAUUCGACUCAAAAAGGAAGGAUGGGAAGCAUCUGACUCUGCACGAGCUGACGGUGAAUGAGGCUGCAGCACAGCUUUGUAUGAAGGAGGUGGCAUUGCUGACUCGCAGAGAUGAGCUUUUCGGACUGGCCCGUCAGGUCUCCCGAGAGGUCACCUACAAAUACACCUACAGAACCAGCAAGUAAGAACUUUGAGAUGAGAACACUCCCACUCCUUUGCAUCUAAAGGCGCAGGAGGGCUAUUUUGACCUCCAGGAGGCGCUGCAGGCCAUUCACAUGCGCCAGGAGACCCUUAAGGAGCAGCUAGCCCACGCCAGAUCUAAAGGAGAGGAGACGGUUGGGCGGAACAUCCAGGUUCAGCUGGAGCGUCUGUUGGCCAAGCAGAUGGAGAUACUGCAUGACGCCGCGGCUCAGGACAGAUUGCAGGCUCUAGAGUGGAGGGUUCCACCAGGGCCCUACAAACACAGCACAGACAGACAGAAAAGCAACGGGCUCUCCGUUGACAAAAACGCUGACCAGCAGGGAGAGAGGCCACUGAAUCUGAGGGUGACCAGCCAGAGGACGAGUGCAUCAGAUGGAGACACGCCUCUCGGAAAGCAGCUGGCCAAUGAGUUGAAGAGGCAUCAUCACGCUAAUGCUGAGAGCAAGACGUCAGCAGCCACAGAAAACGGAGGAGACACAUCUUCACAUGCCCUCAACCUCUCUGAGAAGAAGACCAUCAAGUCAGAGCCAGAGGAUUCCAGAUAGCAGCCCCGAAUGCUUUUAUUUCAAACCUACAACAAUACAUGUCAUCUGUCAGUGAAUACUAAAUAAGCACAACUACAGUAAAGCCUUAACAACCAAUGUUGCCUCAAAAAAUAGUUUAUUUUAGUUUCUCGCCAUUUUCGUUUUUGCCAAAGCACCUAGAGCCCUUAUUUCCAUUCUC